AUGUAUAACCAAUACGGCAAUAUUGAGUAUUUGGAACCAAUGCAUGGCAACAGCAAUGGUGUGCUAGGCCAUCAAUCCUCCUUCCAGCACGGCGCAGGUUUAUAUCAGGACCUUCCGCUAGACCAAAACCUGGUUAGGAUGAGCCCAUACGGCACUGUCCCGCAAGACCCUUUGUUGUCGGUUUCUCAUGACCCUGUAGCUACUAUUGAAGGCCCACCAAUUGGCACUUUUCAAAACAACACCGGAAAAUCUUCUAUGCAGCAGUCUCCAUUGGGCAACCAAUCGGGCUUGGCUUCAGACCAACCACACCAGUCACUUUCACAACAAGAUCCAAAUGCUCGUCAAAAGACUGCUUUUAAUGAAUCUCCAGAGAAUUUCAAAGCGUCUCAAAUACAAAACCCGGUAGGAACUAGAGAAUUAACUGAACAUCCUCACAUCGAGCAAAGUUCUCAAGUGCAGCCAAUGCAACAGGUGUCUUAUAUGCAAUCUAUGCAACCGUUGCAGGGUUACCAACAUGUUCAACCGACUCAGCUGGCUGAUCAAUCCCAACAUGUUCAGAUUCAUUCACAACUGCAAAACGUGCAGCCUUCUUAUCCAUAUUCUGUAUUUCCAUCACCGCAAACUAAUCUGAUAGGAGUGACCGAGUUUCCUCCUAACGCCAUGCAUUCACCGAAUUCUGCUGUUCCCUAUACCAGCAGUAUUUCGCAGCAACAUAGUUACACAGAUACUUUAAACUUGAUGGAUAUGAAUGACAAUGCUACCCCCUUGGUCCCAUUCCCAGAAGAUCUUGAGGAUAUUUUUGCUGAUGGACCAUUGGUAGACGUUCCGACUUCGAACGAAGAGGGAUCUAGUCGUUCUUUACUCGAUCAAUCGUUUAUCUUCGAUUUCGAUACCAGCAAUCUGCAUGAUGAGCCGUUAAGCAAUAACGGUUUAGGUAUCACCACCUCCAGAGAAAAGCAAUCAUCCCUUCAACCUCUAGCUUACAAUAAGAAACGAGUCGUUGGACCAAUGACAUUGAAGCCCAAUGUUUCUAAUAGGUCUAUGAAAAUCAAGCAGAGAAUUUUAAGUGAUUCAUCGGUUUUGGAACAACAUGGCAUUCAAAAGUUUGAUAAGCCCCCAAUGCCAUACUCUAUGGAUGUUUCUUCUGCCGAGUCUUCGCCACGGGAGAAAUCAAGCACCAGUCCGAUUUUAGAGCUUGGAGGGGGGAUCCGAAAAAACUCAAUUAAACCGUUGCGUAAAUCGGCUUCGCAGGGCACCUUGACGCAAAGUAAACGGUCCAAGAUGAAACCAAUUGGAGAACGUCUUUCGUUUUCAGAGUACUCCAGCACACUGGAAUUGAGUGGUAUGAACCCCAAUUUGUCAAACCAAGCAUCGAGAAGACAAUUCUCAUUCGUCAUCGAGCAGCCAAACCGUACCAAAGAGAAACGAAAGAUCAACCAUAGCAGAAAUAGCAGUGCUGGUAAUAAAUCAUUACCCAAUUGGUCUGAUGCUGGAUCUGCAACUACGUCUCCUAAAUUUGAUCCGAGCACCAUAAAGCAUCGAACCACAUCUACAGAGUCAUCCCCGGUCACUCCUUUAAGUGCAACAGUUUCCAAAUUUCAAUCUUUGAAGACCCACGAUGAGGUCGAAUUGGAAAGCUUGCCGGAGGACUUACCAUAUCAUUCUGACCGAAAAAAGUCUCUCUCAGAGCAGGAAUCAAUGGGGAUAAGUCAUCAACCAGUGAUUUCAAGUUUCAAGAGGAUGGACAGUCACCCAAAAACUUAUAACACUAUUCAAGAAGGCAUGAACCAAUUUCAAGUCAUAAUCAAUAAGAGAUAA